UCUCUGUGCGCAGCAGCGCUGCAGGGACCGCGAGCCAGGCACGCGGGCUGAGCGCCAGGGAGACAGAAGCGCAGCGACUCACCACCGGCUGCCGGCCACCGGCGCGACUCCGCUGCGCUCCUCAUGGGACCCCGGCGCCUGGCGUUGUUGCUGCCUCUGCUGCUCCUGCUUCCGACGGAUUCUAAAGGUGCUUUGGGAAAAACCCAUUCUAGGAAUCGAAGAGGAAUCCUUGAAUUAGCUGGAGCCAUUAAAUGCAGCACAGGACGCUCUCCUUUUGCUUAUCUACGUUAUGGAUGCUAUUGUGGUCUGGGAGGGCAUGGCUGGCCUAAGGAUAAAGUAGACUGGUGCUGCUUUAAGCAUGACUGCUGCUACAGUAAGGCAGAGCAAGCAGGCUGUAAGCCCAAGAUACAGAGCUAUAAUUGGGAAUGUGAAGACAAUGUUGCUGUGUGUGAUUCACUAGAAGACAAAUGCCAAAAAAUAAUGUGUGAAUGUGACCGCAAAGCUGCCAAGUGUUUGGCUAAAGCCCCUUAUUACCCAAGAUACAUUUUCUGGCCAGAUUUUGUAUGUGGUAACAAUCACCCAAAAUGUAAGUUUUGGUGAGACAGAAGGACACUACUCUAAUAUUUAUAAAAAUCUGUACGUGCUUUUGAAUUUAAAAAAUAAAAUUUCUAUCAAAAAUGAUGAUGGAUUUUUCUUCCAGCAACGUUCGUGCAGGUCUAGUUUUCAUAAUGCAUAAGCUAAAAGGAAAUGUUGUGGUUCUUAACAGCUGGGAAACUGUAGCAGCUUUCGUGGACUGAAUAUCAAGAACGAUUUUAUCAGAGAUGUCUAAUAGUCUGUUAACCUUUGUCACCACAAGCAGCAAUGGAAUGUUAACUAUGGGGAAAGCCUCUAGAACACCAGCUUUCACUGUAUUAUUCACUGCUACUCAUUUUUCU